AAUUUAGUUUGCAAAAUGUCUCAAAUCAGAGGUAAAGCUCGUCUGGAUCGUGUCGUGGAUUGGUUUCGUAAGGAGAUGCCACCAAAGCCAUAUUUAUUCGAAAAACCUAAAAAUCCUCGGGAUUUUCCAAUGCCUUGGUUUUAUAAUACUUUUAACAAGGCUUUUGGACGUUUUAUGGAGCGCCAAGGAGUCUACUUUUACAAUAAUGUGUUUAACAAGACAGAAAUUGGACUUUAUUCAAAGGAUUGGAAUCCUCGUGUUCAUGGAAUUUAUUGUCAUUGGCGUUAUUAUGGGAAAAAUCAGGAUAUUCCUUUCUCUGAAGUAAAACUGCGUGAUCUGCGUGCUUGGUUUGGACGUCGUGAUUAUUCGCCUUCAGCCAUUUGGGCGGAAUUCUGUCGUUUGAUUUAUCUGUAUCGCCGUGAUUACUUUAGUGGUGCUUAUUUUCCGAAUCCUGUUGAGUUUUUUGCUCGCUAUUAUUUUCUUAUAAUGUUGAUGUUCUUUGUUAUCAGAGGACUUAUAUUAAAUGAUUUUGAUCAUACAAAGGAGGCAUUAUAUCAUUGGUAG